AAUGGGGAAGUCCAAGGAUGACGGACAUGUUGUCAACAAGGAUGCCUAUCAACGGAUUAAUUUUCUGUACCAGGCAGCUUAUCAGUCCCUGAACAGGAGUCCAGCAGACCUGAAUCUCUGUAAAUUCUAUGUAAACAUCAUGAAGACCAUCACUAAACGACUGGUACUGAGACUGCAUCCAGAUAUGAAGAGAAACUUCUGCAGGAAAUGUUGUGUUCUACUGGUCCCGGGUCUCUCUGCUACAGUCAGGACUAAAGGAAAGCGUGAAAAACACACAGUUGUAACCUGCCUAGAAUGUAAAACUAUCAAAAGGUAUCUUUGGUGUGAGAAUCAUAAGUUAUGGGUAGACCAUCCAGAGUUAUGGCUAAAGAGAGACGAAUGUACAUGAAAGCAGACAGCUGAAUAUUGUCUGAGGACAGUAGACAUGGCACACUGGGACCUGUGAAUCAGGGUAUUGAAGGACACUGACAUUGAAGGUAGUGGACAUGGGACUUCAUACUCGAAAUGUUGAAGGAUAUAAGUACGCCAUGCUCUCUGGAACCUAGAAGGCAGUAGGUACUGGAACCUCAGAAAAUCUAAAGAUUGAAGGAAACACACCAUAGUUUCUGGGACUUUUAAGGCUAAAAAUGGCUUAGGAUAUACACCAUGCUAGACUUGGUGAGCCUCUUGGACCUAGAAGGCACUCAAUAUGCCAUAUGGUAGGACUCUGGUACAUGGAAGAAAGUACAUGCAGAUAUCAUAAUUCAUUGACCGUGAAGGUAAUAUGGACAAGAGUGGUGCUAAAUACUGGGAAAGACAGUGGAUAAGUUAAUAACUUGUGGUAGUGUCUACAACUGUACUCUCUAUGGUGAGGAGGUGUAAUGUGUACAAUCAAACUGUAAACUUGUUCAUGAUCAGUUCAUACAUAUUACAUCGCCUGGGAAAUUUGAAAAAAAAUAAUCCCUCUAUAAGUAGCAAAAAAAUGUCUGAAGCUGUUGUAUGAGAGAUGGUAAUUUGAGAAUUUUUUUUUUUUAGAAAUCUGAAAUAAUAUACAUAUGACACAUUUACUCAGUGGCUACCAUACUCAGUGUACUCAGAUUUCUGAUAGGUUUUCCUACCCACCUUUGGAGGACGGUUAUAGGUCAAAAGGACCCUCGAUAUCACAGGGUACAAAAAGGGAGAACAUGAGUGAAGUGGUCUGGUGGUCCGGACACUGGGUGAAAAGUUUACCGAGUGUGUGAGUAUGAUGUUGCUGUGUAACUGUUGAGUACCAUAAUACAAAUGAAGAAAUUUAAUUUGUCUGUGUUCUCUCAACUGGCAAAGUUUGUUUACGUCACACACACUUCAGAUUUAUGUGACAACAGACAAUACUGUUGGUUUUCUUGAGAGCUAAGCUUUAAGGAGUCAACUUGGUUAUCACGAGGAAAUUCAUAUACUCAUGAUUGGAAUGGUGGGUCUGUUGAAAUUGGUCAUCACUUCUAUGAUCGUUGGACAGACAUAUAUGUUUUGAUGAUAUCAACAGACUGCAUGUCCAGAUCAAAUUCAACAAUUUUUAAUUAAUGAAAUGAUACAGUUAUGCUAUCUGGCAAUAGAUGAAAAAUACUUUAAUACAAACACAUUGUAAUAUGUUACUUUUAAUUUGAUUUCACAUUCCAUGUGAUCAAUAGUAAUAGCUACAAAUGAAACCAUUUAAACAUAAUGAAUGAACACAUGGCACUAUAAAUGAAAAAGUAACAUAAAUCACCAAUUAGAACUACACGACCUAUGUACUGUUUACAAUGUCAAGCAUGAUUAUGAUAACUAACUGUAGUGGAACCUUGUCACAGCACUAGAUGUUACCUACAUACUUUCUAUCCCCAGGACGGAUAUGACUGCAUAUUUGUAGAAAGAAUUUCAUAUUUCACAUUUCAAAUAUUCUCCAAUGAGAAAUAUUUUCAUUCAGUCUAUCAAAACUUAUGAAUUUCAUAUUUCAAAUAUUCUCUGAAGGGAAACAUUUUCUUUAGUCCAUCAAAGAUUAUGAAUUUUACAUAAACCUAGAUUGUAUUCCAUGGCAAGACUGGGCUAGUGUUAAAUCAUCCUUACAUUUUUUUGAUUUUUCCACAUGAAAUUACAUGUAAUAAGGAUGACCUUUUCAGAUCUGUGUUAAAAGGUUCCACCAAGAAUGUUUACUGCGUAUGCCUCCAGAGGUUUGUCUCCCCUUGACUGAGUAAGCUGCUGACCAUUCAUUUAUAUUCCAAAUGCAGCUCUCAGGCAUAAAUUGUAAUCUUUUCUACGAAAGUUAAGAUUUCCUUAAGUUAAGGAAGAUUUGUAAAACUUGGGCCUGGAGAUAUUCUUACAUGUCAUGCAAGUCUCUGUUGAGGCUUGUUAUAAAGCCAUGACAAGUCUCUGUUGAGUCUUGUUAUAAAGCCAUGACAAGUCUCUGUUGAGUCUUGUUAUAAAGCCAUGACAAGUCUCUGUUGAGUCUUGUUAUAAAGCCAUGACAAGUCUCUGUUGAGGCUUGUUAUAAAGCCAUGACAAGUCUCUGUUGAGGCUUGUUAUAAAGCAAUGAAAAGUCUCUGUUGAGUCUUGUUAUAAAGCCAUGACAAGUCUCUGUUGAGUCUUGUUAUAAAGCCAUGACAAGUCUCUGUUGAGUCUUGUUAUAAAGCCAUGACAAGUCUCUGUUGAGGCUUGUUAUAAAGCAAUGAAAAGUCUCUGUUGAGUCUUGUUAUAAAGCAAUGAAAAGUCUCUGUUGAGUCUUGUUAUAAAGCCAUGACAAGUCUCUGUUGAGGCUUGUUAUAAAGCCAUGACAAGUCUCUGUUGAGGCUUGUUAUAAAGCAAUGAAAAGUCUCUGUUGAGUCUUGUUAUAAAGCAAUGAAAAGUCUCUGUUGAGUCUUGUUAUAAAGCCAUGACAAGUCUCUGUUGAGUCUUGUUAUAAAGCAAACACAAGAUCAGUACACCUGUUCUUAUUUCAUUAAUAAAUCAUGGACAGCAAGACAUAAACAUCCCUAGAAAUGCCUAGUGAUAUGUACUAGACAAUAAAUACUUAUGAUAUAUAUACAAUAUUUUUUUACAACAAUAUCAUGUAAUGCAGAAGAUGAACCUGAUUAAGUCAUUAAUUGUAAUAUCACCUGUUGCUACCUUUGACAUAUGAUUAGACAUUAGGUCAUAUUGAUAUCCAUGGAAACACCAAGAUGAUGACAGUAUCACACUGUAAAUGAGUAUCUGGAA